AUGUUGGAUCAUUUCCCACUAGAAAUUACUGACAAAAUACUACUUGGUUUUACUGACAAAGAAAAAUUACAAUUAAGAUUGGUCAACUCUCACUGGAAUGAUUUAAUAAAAUAUAGAUACAAUGAAAGACAUAUAAGGAUUAAUACACGUUUUGCUACCACGAGUAGCAGUACUGCCUUGAAUUGGUUGGACUAUCAUCAGCUUUAUAAAUUGAAAAAAUUUGUAGAAAUCAAUAACACUUAUACCAACAAAAAAAUCAAUUAUACUUCUACAGGGCCAUUCAGUUUGGUCUGGGAUAGAAUGCCUAAAUUAACAAGUAUAAGGAUAGGGUUGCAAAUACUUUCCAAUGAAAAUAUAGUUAAUCAAUUGAACAAUUUGAGACAAAUAAUCUUCAGCGGUAGUGCUACAAAUGAGACGUGCUGGCUAUGGUUUCCCAUCGAAUUAGUGAAAAAUUUUCAAUUUGAAAUAGGCAAAAUUUACGUUUUCAAUAUUGGUUCCGUUUAUAUAGAGAACGAACAAAUACUUAAUUUGGAAUUACCUUUAAUUAGCAACAAAAUCAAUGUCAACGCCGCUAAUAGCGAUAGAUCGUUUGAUUGUUUAUUUUUUGAGUUCAGCAAAGAUAUAAAUUGUCAAAGUAAAAAUAAUCCUAAUGAUGAAUGGUUAUGGUAUAGCUUUGAUGAGUUAAAUUUAGGUAAGUAUGUUAAUCAUCGAACAGAUAAUAUGUCCAUUGACUACUUUUAUAGAUAUCCACACCCACAGAGUAGUACCAGAGGCAAGUGUAGUGAUAUUGAUAUAAAUGCUAAUAAUAAUAUCCAAAGGCCAAAAAAAGUUUGCUAA